CGGCCCUUACCUCUUACACCGACACCAACGGCGACUAUGUCGCCAACUUUCACUGUGCAGAUUACAUUUGAGCGCGCUAAGAACUUACCCGUGGCCGACAUUGCCACUCUAUCCUCCGAUCCAUUUGUCUUGGCCACACUCUCAGUACCAGACCCGGACGUAGAACCCCUAAAAUUCCGAACCCAUACUGUCCACCGCAACCGACAACCGGAAUGGAACUCUACCUGGUUCGUGGCUGGGGUGCCCAUGUCUGGUUUCAAGCUCUCCAUGCUUCUUUACGACGAAGAUCCUGGGGCCAAGUUCUCCUCUGACAGACUUGGCAAGGCAGUCGCGCGGUUUGGUGGAUCGCAGAUGCAUCAAGGUUUUGAGAGUCUCGACCAGGACUACACGUUGCAGAAACGCAAAGGCGACCUGCAUCCUUAUAUUCUGACAUACCUCACUGCAUUGUUACCCGGAGAGAAGCUACUAAAGCACAAUCGUGUGGUGGUGUCUGUGCGAAUUGUGCGAGAGCACGAGCCGGGCGAACAGCGACUUUACACGCUUGGUCCAAACCAUUACUCGCGACACUUCUCUCCCCUCAUUGGAUCCAUCUUCAACAGGACGAGUAAACAGAACACCGGUCAGGCUGAUGGGCAACGAGACGCACAAGGGCAUCGUUUGUCGGCCACCAACUUCGUGGCCAACAAGUUGCAGCUUACGGGCCCGGUCCCUGACAGCCUUCGUCAUCGCUAUGUUGGCUACAAACCGUUCAUUGACUGGAUGUUCUCUAAUUCUGGGGUGGCGGGCCACAUCUUACAUUACAGCCUGAAAAAGCAGUACCGGACUAUCUAUGCUUGCGACAAACGGACUGUCUGGGGGGUCGUCGACAACACUGGGGCCAAUCUGAACAAUAUCCGAGAUGGAGACAACCAGCCACGUCGUACGACGAGCGAUGGUUCUAUGUUCCAUGACCCCACACCCGAGUCCAGUGCCGCACUCGCCAAGCAGUUUCUGGAUAUGACUUCUUGGGGUGAAGGCUGGAAACUGUUCACAUAUGUGAUCACUCUUGACAGCGGUAACGAAUCUGAGAUCACUGAGAAGAAACGCAGCUUGACGAGCCGACAGAAUGGCGUUUCACCGAGACUGGACCCGAAUUCGCCAUUGAUAUGUUGAGCAAGCAUUCUAUGCAUGCAGACUUGGCUCAGGAAAUCGCGUACUCGGGCGAGUUUUUUGUGCGGCAUAUCAAGAGCGAGGACGAGAACGAGGACCGGUCACAUCAACCGAGUAGUAGCAAGACACAAAGCUCCCCCGAGAAAGAGCCAGCACCGUCAGAACAACGGCCCUCCGCAGACGGUCACAUCGCCCACACCUCAGAUCAUCCUCCCUCAUCAAAGAAUCCCAAGGAUUACGAGCUCGUCAUUGACAACGAUUCGGGCACGUAUCGGCCGAAUAAGGAUCUGCUGCCCGUAUUCCACGAUUGGUUAGCUGACCCACGUCGGCUAGGGGGACUUGGAGCAGUCAAGACGAUGGAUGGGUUCGACGAGGAGCUCAAAAAGAUGAAGGAAACACGGAAGAACCUCAGAGCAAUGUUGCGGAAAGGAAAGGGCGGGAAUGCGGUACCAGAGAGGCUGGUACCCGCCAGAAGUGGCAGCAGUGCAUUAAGCAUCAGCAGCGGUGAGCUGGACGCGGACAGUAUCAGUAGCCGUGAGGUCGCAGACGCCCUGCAAGAGAUGGAAAGAGAAAAAGGCGGACAGUCUAGUGGAGCGUAAACUAGGAAAUCUUGUACAAUUUACCACGGUUGCGCUUUAUGAUCAUUGGCUGAGAGCACUGUCCGGUCUUGUUCGCAGGGAGCCCGCGAGUG